CAGGAACAGAUGAUGAAAUGGAAUCACGCUCCGCAACGAACAUUCCGCGCUCCUCAGUGGUUUCACCAGAUAAACUGCAUAAAAUGUUUGCGUCACCAGCCUACUCAGUCAACAAGAACGCUUUCUGAUCUAAAAACCCGAAAUCGCAAGGAAAGGACCCUCGCAACAUUUUUAUCCACACAUCAUUCGCCGUCCGACUGGUACUUUUCACACACAUCAAACCUCAGGCCCUCUGUAGUAAGUAGGCAGAGCUAUUUUCGUCCAUUCCAUAAAUAUAUUUGUUUCAUCUGAAGUCCUCCUCCUGCUAUGACUACGACCAUAUUACUUUAUUCGAUAGUGCGCAGAAAAAGAAUACUACAGACACUACUACUACUAGCUGCCGAGUAGAUGAUCCGCUGAUGAUCAUUGCCCGUUCAUCAACAUUGAUUUCACCCCAGUUUCAGGUCUCUUCGCGCCGCGUAUCACAAUUACAGUCCUGCUCCCCGCGCAUCACAAGUAGUUGUUGAAACUCGCUGGCUCUGAAGAUUCAGUGUCAUGCUUCCAUUGGUAUUGCCUGCUAGUGUCUAAUAUUCCAUUUUAGGGAUAAAUAUUUCAUCGUUCUCGUUGAGGGUGACCCGUAUAAAAUAUUAGCGGAACAACAAGUCACUCCAUAAGCCUUCCCUCAUAUUGAUUUAUUUUCUCUCUGAGGGGCACUGGCACACAAAGUCAAAGGCGGAGGGAGAACGACCUCACCGAAACGGAAACGACAGAACCGAAACUAGGGGUAAAACGUUGUACCCACCUCGCAGCGGCAUUUUUCCGGCUUGAAAAUAACCCAUCUUGUCGUCUCGGAUCAACUACAAAUUGCGAGACUGACAGCAUAAUUGAUUAUUUCGCAACAACGCAGCACGACCACGGGAAUCAAUUAGGUCGUUUUUAUUUCUACGUGCUCACUUCGAGACGAGUGCGGCGCCCAUCCUACUCAGGACAUCGACCUCUAGCCGCAGCUACAGGAGCGAACCACACAGUUACAGCGAACCGACUUUGUGAAAACAUUAACAUCUUACGAAGAACAACGAACACGGCGACGUAGGUUUUCAAGAAUAAAAAGCCACCAGCACAAGCCCUGUGAUAAUCAUAAUCUUCGCACGAGGAGGACCAGCAAAUUGGAGUCGACAAUAUGGCUUCCACGACGAAGAAGUUCAGCAAUGUCAACCUGAACGCGCCCAAAACUGCGAAGAAGACAACUAUCUUCGAAACCGUCGUCACCUCCGCUAAGCCCGCUCUCACUUCGGCCGCGGCGCCCGCCCGUAUUGCUUGUUUAUUUUACGGCACGCUUUCUGAUUUGCUGGUUUUUUUUUUUCAUCUGCAACUGCAUGCACAUAGUAUGAUCUUCAAACUGAAAGUCCAAGAGCCGCCGAAACGACCUGUGCGCUGAACAGUGCUGGUAAUGUCACACUGGCUGGAGAGAUAUACACAUCACGAGCUCUUUUGUCACAAAUUUUCCACGAGAUGUUCUUGCAUCUUCUAGCGGGGCCGGGGUCAACUGGUGUGCAUAAACAAGAUGAGCAGUAGUUAUCAAAAUCAAAAUGAACGACUGCAUUGUAUAAUAUCCAGGUUCAAUCGGGCGUGCCGGACUUGCAGGACUAUGUUCUCUCCCCACGGUAAACAAGAAGCCGGCGAAGAAGGCGAAUUUGCUGGAUGCGCUUGCAGACGAGGCCAAAGGAACCAAGGUCAUUGAAGAAGACCUUCCGGUGCCAAAGGUACGAUGAAACUUCGUGUACUCUAUUUCUGCAUGAAGUUGUACAGCCUUCUUUGGCCGCAGGGUUUAUCGUAGGUGCAUGCGCAUAAUAGUAAUGGAACUGCAAAGGUAAUUGAAAUAGAAAUUUCCAAAAUUAAAUCAAAAAAUGAAAACAGGAAUCAGAUGAGAAUACGUACGAAGAGGAGGCUCUGGGAAAGCCAGUUUCUUGGGCCGACCAGAGCGAAACUGUUGAGGAGGACUCGGUAGGCGCUGCGGGUGCGCAAUCUGCGAAAAAGCCACAAGAUGGCGGCCCGAAGGUACUUACAUACUUACUUCUUCUAAGCUUCUACUUCGCUUGGCUGUUUUAUUCAGCAUGAUUUUUCUACACGUGAAGCUCGGCGGGAAGACUGAUUUUUUACAGCCGGAUUUUGAUGUUUCGCGACGACGCAGGCACCACCUUCGCAAAAUGAUGUUCUUGAGUCCCAUGCUUCAGUAAAAAAAAAAAAAACAGAGCAAGUGGGGCGCGGCUGUGCAAGCCAAGUCGAUGCAGGAGAUUAUGGAAGAGGAAAAACAGAAGGAGGCGGAGAAGAAGGCCUGGCAACUGAAGAAGCAGCAGGAGCAGGCGCACCUGGGAAACACCGCGUGGAAUGGGCGCGAGCACUACGGUGCGGGGUUCAACGCAAACACGUACGGGCAGUACGCCGGUUCCCCGGGCAGCUACGAUCCCUACGGGAGUCAGCCCAACAGCGGCACCAACUUCAACACCGUCGCCGACCGCGACCUGGACUGGCGGCGGGGCGGGUCGAACAGCGGGCUCGAAGCUGACCCAGCUGUCGCCACCAAGACAGCGUAUUUUUUUACAAGGGUGGACUUCUUGUUGUGCUUGUUCUGCUAGUACUACUGGUUGAACAAAAAUCAAAAUGCCGAUUUAAUGCAUUUUUGCAGUUAUAAUGUUGUCGUUGAUAUGUUUGGUAGUUCUACUUCUAUCUUGUUGAAGGACAAGAGGAGCUUGUUUUGUAAUGCGUUACUCCUUUAUUUCUAUUUUCACAAAACUACAGCGAGCGGUACUCCAGCAAGCAGUAUGAGGAAGAGUUUUCCAAGACGUACUCGCGCGAGCCGAAAUUUACCUCCGACCCGGUGGACCGAGCGUCUCUGUUUGGCACCGCGAAGCAGACCGACGGGCCGGCGGAUAAUUCAGAGGAGCUCCCAAAGUCUUCGAAAGAAAAGAAAAAGGAUAAGGAACAACACCAAAACAAGCAGGACAGUACAACGACUGGAGGUAGAGACAACACCCGAGGCGGAGAACGCGAACGGGAACAGCCAGCUUCAGGUACUACUUCUGCUGGUGGUAAGGCGCGAGGAGGAAGGGGCGAAUACGCAGCAGGUGAUGGCGGAAGAGCUGAUACUACUUCUUCUUACUCAGCAGAAAAGCCACUGAUUCACCAACACCACCGAGGGGAUAGAGCGGGUGGUCCAAGAAGUAGACAAAUUGACUUGCAAAACGACAGCUACAGCCAUUCCUAUGGCGAAGAUUUGCAACAUUCAAGUGAACAGCACCAUCCUGCUGCGGAGAACUGGCGCGGCGGGGGAAGUAGUGCUGGCAACGGUAGAGUCGACCGGGAGCGUGGCGGCGAGGACCGCAGUAGCACAACAAUGACCCGCGGCGGGACAGGCGGAAGAGAAAACAACCUGCUAAACCGCAACUUGAGCAGCGGUGGCCAGCAGCACUUGAAGAGCCAGUACAGACGCGACGACGACCACGCGGACAGCUAUUACGACAGAGACGAAGACUAUUACUUGCGCGACGAAGUUGGAGUUGCACUGUCUCUAUGAAAUGCAAAAAUGUCUGGGUCUGGAAGAGUGUGAACUUGUCAUGCAGGUUUUCCAUGACCCUUGGUUGAGGCCUGGAAUGCGGGACCUAGCAUGACAGAGUCUGUGGGGUCUCUUUCAUGCCUAUCCUGCAUGAGAAACUCCCUCCCAACUUGGUCGAAAGUGGACAGCUUUUGGCACUCAUGCAACACAGGUUUUUGCAUGAUUCGGAUUUAGCAUGACAACUUGCAAUCUUCCAGACCCAGACAUUUUUCCUUUUGAUAUUCUCGAGGAGAACGAGAAGUAGAGCCGUCGACCAGCCGAAAUAAUGCUGCGCAGUACGACAGCUUUAACCCGCGAAGUAGAACUGCGGCCGGGUCAACGAAGGGAGGAGGACAACAUCAAGAUGUUGGAUCAUACUCGGGUACUGCUACGACCAGCCGAGGCGAAAGUCAUCAAAAUCACCCUGGCGGCAGAACCGCCCGGGGUGAACAUCAGGCUGCUCAGCAACAUCUUGAGCACAAUACCAGAACUCCAAAGCAAAGUAUUCGUGGGAGUAGAGAUGUAGACCAGAGAUGGCAACAGCAGCAGCAGCACACUGGGGACGUCGAGCGGUGGAACAAGAGAGACGGUGCUCAAGAGAAGUGGGAUCAACAUGGGGAGGAACAGUGGAACGAGUAUGAGCACGAGGAAUGGGGCGAAGAGGAGCAAAAACGGUGGGAACAAAGAUGGCGCAAGCCGCACUCACCCGCCGCUAUGAGCCAGGGAAACACGACCUACGAAACCACAGGAGAAAGUAUUCAUUUUGAAUAAAGAGGCUAUUAAAUAAGUCGGGAAUUGUUCAUUUUACAGAUGCAUCUGCAUGUUGAGCGUAACAACUUGCACAAAUUAUCGAAAAAAUUGUCAUGCAAUCGUCGUCCAUCCCAGACCCAGAGAGAUGCUUUUGCAGUGCGUAAUAUACCACCCAAAAACUACAGGCCACCCGUACACUGCGAAUUCCACUGAACAGCAUUCACCUGUCGACCUAGGCCGCGAGCGCGACCCCAUCACCCUUAACAGCACCGGGUAUUUUUUACAGCAUCACGUCGAGAGUUUUUUUCUACUGCGCUGCUAUAGAAGCAGAGCACCAUGUGCCAACGUGCUGAAGAUUUGAUCAACUUUUAUUUGCGUCAUUGAAAAAUGCAAUGCAAUGUAGUCCUUUGUGAUUGUGUCGCAAGUGAACUGAGUGAAACUAUCAAACAAAUUCAAAUCCAACUUCAAAUACAGACCACGCACCCGCGCAGAUCCCCCCUUUGGCGCACCCCCGCCACCCCCGUCGGGGCCCCCACCCCGCGCUGCGGAAGCUCUGGUAAUGAAGGUGCCCACUGCCGCUUUGGUUACCAACGUGCGCGAAACGCUUCGCUCGAUGCAAGGUACACAUAGGUUGUUUCUUCUACCUUGUGUCUCGUACAUAAUUAUGAGAAAAUUUGACGAUCAUUUCUUAUGAAGACGUUUUUCUUUUUGCAUGUUCGAUGAAGUGCCUCUCCACAGCAGUUCCCCAGGAGCAUGGCUAUGGUACUGGUAGUGAAAAGAUCUGUAAUCGAAAACGAAAUCGACAAAGAAUCGUCGAUGCAUCAAACAAAUGAAAAAUCAGGCAAAUGCACCCUGAAGCACUUGGCGACCAAGCAAAAGGAUUUUUCCGCGAAAUCUGGGAAAAAUCUGGAUGACUUCCUGAUGGAGCAUCCGGACGUUUUCAAGAUCGACGGCAGCACGGUGACACUCCUGGAAGACACGCGAUAUUUGACAAAGGACACCUCCAACACUGAAGAGGUAGCUUAUGCUUCGUAAAUCCAUUAUUUCAUUGACGAACACGGAAGUUUUUUCACGUGCUUUGCUUGUUACACAUAGCCAGCAUAUGGAUAAUUAUGCUCCGCUUGAACCUGAUCGAUCUCGAUGGAGGAAGCAAAGGAUAAAAGCAAAAGAAACCGAAAAGCAAAAGAUUCCCGUAAAAAUAAUAUCCACCCACUACUACAACCACAGAUCUACGGUGCUUUCAGCGCCCCUAAAGAGUCCCCGUCGCACAGCAAGGAUUCCUACAGCAAAUUCAACGCUUCGCAAACGGCUGCGCGGGAAAAUAUUAACCUGAACACGACGGAACAAGCGGGUUCUCUUGAGAAGGACCGGUCAGAGAAGAAGAAAAAGAAGAAGGACAAGUACUGGGAGGAGUGGGACGGCGGGCAAGAGCAGGAGUGGACGAAGGAAGAGUGGGAGGCGUGGGAGAACUGGGGCGACGACUAUGCGGAGAAGAAAAAGAAAAAGGAGAACAAGCACAGUCGCAAGGACCCGCACGUGGCGAGUCAGCGCCACCCCCUCGGGAAAGAGGAGGAUUUAGAGACCUUGCUGCAAAAUGAGGUCGACAACGCGUACGGAGACAACCACUUUGAUGGGCGCUAUAAGGACGAUGAAGUAGUAGACUACGAUGGUGGGGAUAAUUACGACGCAGCAGAAGGAACUUCUAAGUCGGCGAACAAGGGUUACAACACUGGUUCCUACAGUAAUAGAACAGGAGUAAAGGAACAACACCAGGGUAGUAGUUCUUACGAUCACCACAAAGGCAGUUCGUCAGCACAGUACAACAACAAGUCGUCCAACAAGGCCGAGAAACAUCAAGACGGCACUUAUGCCUCCUCUUCCCGCGACGACAAUACUAGCGCUUCUACUUCUAAGCCGGGGUCUUCUUGGUACCAUGAUAACAGCGCGAAGGAGUCCCGCGAGUCCCGGCGGGGUCGCGGCGGCCGGGAUAAAAAGAAGGAGAAGGAUAACCAGCACUACGAUAGCUAUGACAAAGACAACUGGUAUCAGGAGGACAAGGAGACGAGCAAAACAAAGAGCAACAUGGUCUCUUUGACAGGAACGGCUGCAAAGAGUUCUUCUACCUCUGCGAACGGCACAGGGGACACGACUCUCGUCGGUGGUUUGAAGAAAAAGAAAAAGGCGGGUUUGUCCAUGAAUCUGAACCAGACGGAUGACAAGCCGGUUGCGAAGAAGGAAGAGGAAAAGCCGGAGGCGAAAAAGUGGACCGGGUGGGGCAAGCCGGAUCCGGACACACCGGUGAAGCACGACCAUGAGUUUAACAGUACCAGUGCGACGUCGCAACAGCCCCCCAAAAGAUCCGUCCCGCUCGCCAACGGAGGUGCGGCUGCAGGAACUGCGAAUGGGUCAGCUUCUAGCGGCGCUAACGGAAUAAAUGCGAAGGGGAACGGCAGUGCUGCGCCGGUUUCUGCAACUGCGAAUGGCAACGGAACCACUUCUAAAUCUUCGUCGAAGAAGGGCAGCGGACGCAAGGGUGGCAAGGACAAGGACGGCAAGGAUGGUGGUGGAAAGAAAGGAGCGUCGAACAGUAGUUCUUACGCAGCGGAGCCAAAGUCCAGCAAGGAUGACGACGGUGGCUCCAACGACGCCGAAUCUGCGAACAGCGGUAAAGGAGCGGGCAAGAAAGGUAGUUCCUCUUCGAAAAAUAAGGGCAGCGGCAAGCGACGCGGUGGAAAGAAGGGCGACAAAAGUGCCGACGACGCCGGCAGUGCGAGCGGGGAACGGGAAGCGGGGUCUGGAAAGAACAAAAGCGGGAAGGAGGGGAAAGGUAUUAUAGCAAAAUCAAAGAUGAAAAUGUUCCUGUUGGCACAGUUUGUUUUGUGUAAGUGAGUACCUGUGCAUCUUUGUUUUUUCCAAGAACUCGCUUGAUACAAGAGGACCUUUGUUCUCGCUACCCGAUCGAUCCUCGAUCCCUUUCUUCAGUAAAACAAGAACACGCAUGAUUUGAAUUUUGUACUAAAUCAGGUCGCGGAAAGAAGGAUAAGGACGGCAAACGGCAGGCGAAAGCGGACGCAGAGUAAGGAAGUAGAGGGAUGAAAAUGACGAGGUGGAAAGCCAUCAACAUCAUUUUUGUGAACGUCUCGUACUGCUCCUGUCUCGACGGAAGCCAAGAAGACCGCGGGAUCACAAACAGUUAGAAAAGCUGCAAACGGAGCUCUUCGCCUUGCCAACUUUAUCUUGCCCGCGUUAAUACUAAAGUCGUGCUCUUCGGCCCUACACUUUUUACACUAGUGUCGAAUGAGUGUGAUAAAUUUUCGGAGAAAAGAUACCACAAUUAAUGUAUCACAACUUCUUGCAAGUGCUUCGUAGUUUUUUUACUUCUAGCACUUUCUCCUAAAAGAUGACAAUGUUUUUAGGCGUGACUGUGAAAAGGUCAAACGAAUUUCUCGCUGCCUUUACAGCAGAUUGAGAUUGUUUCACAGAAUCUAAACAUUGAUACUGCUGGUAUAGUGCGUACAGUAAAAACAAAAAGUUUGUUUUCCGGAGCAGCUUCCAGUUUGCUGCAGCUUCAUCAGCAGCUGCCGUCCUGUAAAGAAAGGUUUUUGAUGAUCAUGACAAACUAUUAAUUGCAAGCCAAGCGACAUAUGAAUAUAGUACCUAUAUGCGAAUAACUACAGUUUGGCCUGCCGGAUAUUUUGGCCGGCGGCCGCUUUCGCUUUGAAGGAACAUUUUCGUCUUACUUCCUACGAUUUGUUUUGCGAUGCUGACUUUCGUACCUAAUUCCUUGUUUGACUACUUUGAGAUAUGAAUGAAAGCCGCGCUUUCAACAGCAUCUUCUUCACCCGCUCAACUACAACUUCGAAGAUCAGGCCUAUUGGCGUAGAAGUUCGCAACUCUAUACGCUACUUCUAUUGCGGCCGAAGUUGUACUACUAGAUCCCAGCCUCAGAUUCAGAAUUUCCUUGUGCUUCUGGUUCUAACGUGGUCCACCUCGAAAGAAGAUGACUUGUGGACGCCAAUGUAGCGGGAUGGGUACCAUUUUUUUUAUGAGAAAUUCAAGUUGUUCCAAAAGUUUCUCGUAGGGGUUUGGUUGGAGAUUCUCUUCCACGUUUUUUCAAAAAAGCUUAGUACAUCGUUGUUGAUUAAAUGAUAUAAUAUUUGAGCUUAAAUUUGACACUCGUAUGUCUUUGAGAUGUCGUGUUUUCGUAUUAAGUUCACCAUUGAGGCGGCAUUUCUGAAGAAAUGGGACCGAGAUUUUCAACCAUGUUGGCGUUCCGUUUAUUUGGUUUUUGGUUCAUGUAGUGGGUAACGG